AUGGCAAAAUCUGGAGAAGAGAAGAAGAAGAUGAGGGUAGUUGUGAUUGGUGGUGGAGUUGGUGGCUCCAUUGUGGCUUAUUCUCUCCAAUCUGUGGCAGAUGUUGUCCUCAUCGAUCAGAAGGAGUACUAUGACAUCCCAUGGGCAAGCUUGAGGUCAAUGGUGGAGCCAUCAUUUGCUGAAAGAUCAGUGAUUAAUCACAUUGAUUAUCUUCCUAAAGUUCAGAUUAUUGCAUCUUCAGCGACUAACAUUACAGACAGAGAAGUCACGACUGAAGAUGGCCAAAAGGUUGCAUAUGAUUAUGUUGUGAUUGCAACAGGUCACUUGGAAUCUGCUCCCAAAACUAAAGCAGAGAGGCUCAAUGAGUACAAGGCAGAUUUUGAAAAGAUAAAAUCUGUUAAUACAGUUUUGAUUGUUGGAGGGGGUCCAACUGGUGUGGAACUUGCUGGUGAAAUUUCUUUUGUUUUUCCAGAUAAGAAGUUGAUACUGGUGCACCGGGGGCCAAGAUUGCUGGAAUAUAUUGGCUCCAAGGCUUCCCAACUGGCAAUGAAUUGGUUGACUGCAAAGAAAGUUGAUGUGAUCUUGGAUCAAUCCAUCAAUCUGAACCAUUUGAAUGGUGGCAUUGUUCAAACCUCUUCUGGAGAAACUAUAAAAGCUGAUUGCCAUUUUGUGUGUACGGGGAAGCCGAUAGGUUCAUCUUGGCUUAAUGAAAGCAUUUUGCAGAAUAGCCUGAAUAUACAUGGAAAGCUGGUGGUUGAUCAAAACUUGAGGAUCAGAGGUCAUAAAAAUAUCUUUGCAGUAGGAGAUAUCACCGAUAUUAAAGAGAUCAAACAAGGGUAUGUGGCACAGAAACAUGCUCAUGUGACUGCCAAGAACUUGAAGUUACUGAUGAAUGGAGAAAGUGAGAGCAAGAUGGCUACUUAUAAACCUGGUUGGGAAAUGGUAAUUGUCUCACUUGGGAGGAAAGAAGGGGUGGCACAGUUUCCACUAAUUACAAUUGGUGGAUGCAUUCCUGGUAAAAUCAAAUCUGAGGACUUGUUUGUGGGGAGGACAAGGAAACAACUUGGACUAAAUCCUUAUUUGGACGAAAAAUGA